CACAACGUUUAUAUAUCCCAACUUCUUGGACCCUCAUCUGUCUGGCCAGCUGGUUUCUGCUGCCAAUUUUUGGAGCUGCAGCUUUUGAGGCUGUCCCCACCACCGAGGAGCUAUAUCGGUCGUGUCGAACGUAUCAUCCACCAUGGCGACCACACCACCUCCCCCCUCGACGCUGCGAAUGCCGCCUACUCCGCGACUUGGAGCUAAAUACGAUCAGUACGAACUAUAUUCGACGCGAUAUUCGGCCAGGCUAGCUAGCCAACGCACCUCCAGAGAUAGAGAGUCUCGUACCACCCCCCCGCCUAGUUUCCCGGGCUCGAAGACUGCGAAGAAACACGACAUCAAUGAAUCAGCGACCUUAUCCCCCCCUAGCUCCGUCCAGAGCUCUCUCCGGAAGCAGAGGUCGGCCCGAAGUGCCGGGUUGUUCGCGACACAUUCACUCGAGGACCCCUCUAACACAGAUGACUCGGACCCCUUCAGCGGCCCUGAACCUUCCUACAUCCGCCAUCAACCACGAUCACUUCGACCGACCAUGACAGACGGCAUGCUGCCCACGCCGGCAAAAACGCCCCGGAAGAAGGCUGUCGCUGAUGUUGGGAGCGCCGCACGAGUGCUCUUCCCUCCUCCCAGUUCCAACAAGAAGACCAAGAAGCACAUGGGCUUCUCGCUAGACAGUUUCAGCGAGGAUAACACUCGGGGUGGGUCUGAGAUUCAGAUUUACACCGAUUCCCGUGACAGGAUCCCAGAAGUCGACGAAAGCGAGGAAAAUCCGUUCUACAAGAAGCCCAUGUCAAGCACCACGGCUUCUCGCGCCCCGAGACGCAAAGAAAGCCGCCGUGACAAGGAAAUCGACGACUCAAUCGACCGUGAGGAUGGCAUGGUUUACGUUUUUCGGGGCAAGAAAAUGUUCCGCAAGUUCACCGAAGACCUUGAGAGCGACAGUGAUGAUGAUGAUGACUUGGGCUUGCUGGCUGCCCGUCCGGACCUGAUUGAUUCAUCUAUCAUGGACAAUGUGCGCCCUCUGACUCGCUCAUCGAUCAAGCCUCGUGUGCUCUUUCCUACUAUAGAGGAUCGGGUUCCCCAAGAGACUCCUUUGAGUGACAUCGAUGAGGAGGCAGCCACUGAUAUUGAAGAUCACUUGUUCCACGACGAGGCCGAAGAGGUCGAAGAACCUGCAGCCGAUGUUGGUAUGCAGCAGCGACUAGUCACCCCUCCUCCACAUUCCACCAUUGACACUCCUGCGUCUCCGGGUGCUACUAUGCGCUCAUUGCGUUCUCAAACCAAACGAGAGGGUCCGGAUCAUAGCGACACGCCCACAGCCCCCGAGAGUAAGAAAAAGCGUGUUAGUCCCUUCGACGGCUGGCUCCGCAGGAAGCAGACCCCGGCCGUGACCGGGACCAAAGCCAAGAAACGAGACGCCGACGCUGCUGGCAGCCCCGGUGGCCCCGGUGGCCCUGCUCCCAAGAAGCCUCGAGGCAACAAAACGACUGCGUCAGUGUGAGCCAUUCGCCUUAUAUGUACAAGGAUCCCGCGUAUCUCAGGGUGGGAUCCUGAAGCCGUCGGGAGCCGAGGGUUUUCUUUCUUUUCUUGAUACCGCCGUCAAGGAUUCUAUCAGGAAACUUGACGAGCGUCUUUGUCUACAGCGUUCUUAACUUCUCAUUUGAUAUUUACUGGCGUCC